AUGUCUCCUUAUCGUCUGGUUUUUGGAAAAGCGUGUCAUUUGCCAGUUGAAUUGGAGCACCGAGCUUAUUGGGUAGUCAAGAACUUGAACUUUAAUUUAAAGGCCACCGGUGAAAAGAGAUUACUUCAGUUGAAUGAAAUGGAUGAGUUUCGAUUGGAAGCCUCUGAGAACGCAAAACUAUACAAGGAGCGCACAAAAAAGUGGCAUGACAUGCACAUUCAAAGAAAGAAGUUUGAGGUUGGGCAACAAGUUUUGCUGUACAAUUCUAGACUCAAACUUUUUCCUGGUAAAUUGAGGUCUAGGUGGUCAGGGCCAUACACCAUAGUCAAGGUGUUUCCUUAUGGGACAAUUGAAAUAACGCAUGAAAGUAAAGGGACCUUUAAGGUUAAUGGACAACGGUUGAAGCCAUAUUGGAACGCUAUUGGUGUAAUCUUUUAUGGUAUCAAACUGACGGUUAAUCUUAUAGAAAAUGGAUCGAGAGGGAAACUUGGAAAAGAAGCAUACUUGGAGAGUUGGGGAUCAAAGUUCACUUCGUUGUCUGCCAAUGAGGAUGCCACAUUCAACAUUACAUUUGACUGGGACGAGUCGAUGGGAGUCCCUGGUGCUUUCCUUAUCAAAAACCAUCACCCUAGCCAGUUUUACCUCAAGAAUGUUACUUUAGAAGAUGUUCCGGGCAUCGGUCAGCUCCAAUUUGUCUGCAAUUCUUGGGUUUAUCCUGCGUAUCGUUACAAAUACGAUCGUGUCUUCUUUGCAUACAAGACAUAUCUUCCAUGCAAUACACCGGAACCACUACAAGCAUAUAGGGAAGAUGAACUCAUCAAUCUUCGUGGAGAUGGUUCUGGCAUGCUAAAGGAGUGGGACAGAGUAUAUGACUAUGCAUUAUAUAAUGACUUGGGAAGUCCUGAAGAAGGACGUCCCGUGCUUGGUGGUUCACAGGAAUUCCCAUAUCCUCGUAGAGGAAGAACAGGUCGUCGACCAAAUAAAAAAGAUCCAAACAUAGAAACUCGGUUGCUACUACUGAAUUUGAACAUUUAUGUUCCACGAGAUGAGCGGUUCAGUCAAGUGAAGUUCUCAGAAUUCAUCUGUUCUUCUUUUAAUUCCCUGGGUCAGGUAUUGAUCCCAGAGAUUGGAGCUGUAUUUAACAAGACCAUCAAUGAGUUCGACAAUUUGCAAGACAUACAUAAGCUAUACAAAGAAGAAAAUAAUCUUCCAGACAGUCGUCCACUAAGAAAUACAAGAGAAUGCCUUCCAUGGGAGUCGUUCAAGGAACUUCUUCAUGUGUCUGGUGGACGACCACUUAAAUUCCCGAAACCUGAUAUCAUCAAAAACGAUGAAACAGCAUGGAAAACAGAUGAAGAAUUUGGCCGAGAAAUGAUAGCUGGAGUGAACCCUGUUAUUAUUCGAUGUCUCGAGGAAUUUCCACCUGCUAGCAAGCUAGAUCCCAAAGUAUAUGGUAAUCAAAAUAGUUCAAUGACAAAGGAGCAGAUUGAGAAAAACAUGAACGGGCUAACUGUAGAAGAAGCAAUUGCAGGUAACAAGCUGUUCAUAUUGGAUUAUCACGACGAGCUGAUACCAUACCUUAGAAAGAUUAACAAGACGAAAUACACAAGGACGUAUGCAAGUCGAACUGUCCUUUUGCUUCAAGAUAAUGGGACUUUGAAGCCACUGGCAAUUGAAUUGAGCAGAGAACAAGACGACGUAAAUGUAUAUGAUCCCAUCAGCCAAGUAUUUACUCCGUCCGAGCACGGAAUUGAAAACUCAAAAUGGCAGUUGGCUAAAGCUUACGUUGCAGUGAACGAUUCGGGUUAUCAUCAGCUCAUUAGCCACUGGUUGAACACCCACGCAGCAAUAGAGCCAUUUGUGAUUGCAACAAACAGACAGUUGAGUGUGCUUCACCCAAUGUACAAGCUACUGCAACCACAUUUCCGCGAUACAAUGAACAUAAAUGCCUUGGCUCGGCACACACUCAUCAAUGCAGGCGGAAUACUUGAGACAACGGUCUUUCCAGCAAGAUAUUCCAUGGAAAUGUCUGCUGUUAUCUAUAAGAACUGGAACUUCACUGAGCAGGCCCUUCCUGAGGAUCUGCUCAAAAGAGGAGUGGCUGUUAAAGACCCGAACCAUCGUCAUGGUCUUAGACUUCUCAUAGAGGAUUAUCCUUUCGCUGUUGACGGACUUGAGAUUUGGUCAGCAAUUAAAGACUGGGUCACCGACUAUUGUUCUAUCCAUUACGAGACAGAUGACCUGAUCCAAGGUGAUUCAGAACUUCAAUCAUGGUGGACGGAGCUUCGUGAAGAAGGCCAUGGAGACUUAAAAGACAAGCCAUGGUGGCCUAAAAUGCAGACAAAGGAUGACCUUAUUCAGACAUGCACAAUAAUCAUAUGGGUAGCUUCUGCUCUUCAUGCAGCCGUCAAUUUCGGACAAUAUCCUUAUGCCGGCUUCCUUCCAAAUCGCCCCGCUGUAAGCCGCCGAUUCAUGCCUGACACCCAGGAGCAUGCUGAGCUUGAGAAAGACUUUCAUUUGUUCUUCUUGAAAACAAUUACUGCCCAGUUCCAAACCCUCCUUGGUGUGGCGCUAAUAGAGAUACUCUCACGGCAUUCAACAGAAGAGAUUUACCUUGGACAAAGAGACACUAGCGAGUGGCCGAAGGAUGAAGAAAAAGAGGCAUUUGCCAGAUUUAGCACCAAACUGGUCACAAUAGAAAAUGAAAUAACAGAGAGGAAUAAAGACCAGGGCUUAAAGAAUCGAAAGGGGCCCGUGAAAAUGCCUUAUACCUUGUUAUAUCCCAACACCUCGGACGACAGUAAAAAAGGAGGACUUACAGGCAGUGGAAUUCCCAACAGUAUCACAAUCUGAUGUCUAGAGUAUUUUCAUAUCCAUUAAAUCAAAUGUUUUACAGCUCGAAAAUUUUGUCUUCAUUCCUUGAAGGUAAGAUUGCAUGCAAAGUUCAAAUUUCUUCACCAAGUAAUAAAAUUAAGAUCAAAAUUUUCCUUUCU